AUAUAACGCCACGCCUCUCCCAGCCCAGUGUCCAAGCCGGCCAUUAACAAACACCAUGAGGGUCUUCAUUGUUCUCUGCAUCCUCGCCGUGAGCCAAGCCAACCUGCUGCAGGACCUGACUACCGAGGUCAUCGCCAAAGAACAUGAGGCGAUCUCAGAAGUUGAGAAGGAGCUGGAGAGUCUGUUCCACACGCUGGGGAGGAGGAACUUCCUCGACACCCUGAAGUCUGGCUUCGAGAAGUUCGGACAAGAUAUCCAAAACUUCGGCCACCAAGCACUACCUGUGUUGGAGCAGGUCGGGAAAGAUCUACUGCCAACUUUGGAGAAGUUGGCCCCGACUCUGAUCACCACAGCAGUCACAGCUCUUGGAAGAAGAGAUGUUGAGAAAAAAAAUAUCUUUGAUGACAUCAAGAAAGGGCUGGAGACUGCCGGCAAAGCCAUAGCUACUGCUGCCAAAAAUGCUCUGCCCGUCAUCGAACAAGUCGGGAAAGAGGUGCUACCAAUUGCUGAAAAGGUUGCUCCAAGUCUCAUCAGUGCCGGGCUAACUGCUCUUGUGGGAAAACGCGACAUUGAGCGCAGAGGCUUCCUGGAUUCACUGAGGAACACUCUUAAAGAUAUUGGCAAAGAAGCAGUCCAUGAAAUUGAGAAUCUUGCACCAACAAUCAUCCAGAGCGCCCUUCCUACUCUUCUCGCUGGUGUUGGAAAACGUGAUGUUGAGCGCAGAGGCUUCCUGGAUUCACUGAGGAACACUCUUAAAGAUAUUGGCAAAGAAGCAGUCCAUGAAAUUGAGAAUCUUGCACCAACAAUCAUCCAGAGCGCCCUUCCUACUCUUCUCGCUGGUGUUGGAAAACGUGAUGUUGAGCGCAGAGGCUUCCUGGAUUCACUGAGGAACACUCUUAAAGAUAUUGGCAAAGAAGCAGUCCAUGAAAUUGAGAAUCUUGCACCAACAAUCAUCCAGAGCGCCCUUCCUACUCUUCUCGCUGGUGUUGGAAAACGUGAUGUUGAGCGCAGAGGCUUCCUGGAUUCACUGAGGAACACUCUUAAAGAUAUUGGCAAAGAAGCAGUCCAUGAAAUUGAGAAUCUUGCACCAACAAUCAUCCAGAGCGCCCUUCCUACUCUUCUCGCUGGUGUUGGAAAACGUGAUGUUGAGCGCAGAGGCUUCCUGGAUUCACUGAGGAACACUCUUAAAGAUAUUGGCAAAGAAGCAGUCCAUGAAAUUGAGAAUCUUGCACCAACAAUCAUCCAGAGCGCCCUUCCUACUCUUCUCGCUGGUGUUGGAAAACGUGAUGUUGAGCGCAGAGGCUUCCUGGAUUCACUGAGGAACACUCUUAAAGAUAUUGGCAAAGAAGCAGUCCAUGAAAUUGAGAAUCUUGCACCAACAAUCAUCCAGAGCGCCCUUCCUACUCUUCUCGCUGGUGUUGGAAAACGUGAUGUUGAGCGCAGAGGCUUCCUGGAUUCACUGAGGAACACUCUUAAAGAUAUUGGCAAAGAAGCAGUCCAUGAAAUUGAGAAUCUUGCACCAACAAUCAUCCAGAGCGCCCUUCCUACUCUUCUCGCUGGUGUUGGAAAACGUGAUGUUGAGCGCAGAGGCUUCCUGGAUUCACUGAGGAACACUCUUAAAGAUAUUGGCAAAGAAGCAGUCCAUGAAAUUGAGAAUCUUGCACCAACAAUCAUCCAGAGCGCCCUUCCUACUCUUCUCGCUGGUGUUGGAAAACGUGAUGUUGAGCGCAGAGGCUUCCUGGAUUCACUGAGGAACACUCUUAAAGAUAUUGGCAAAGAAGCAGUCCAUGAAAUUGAGAAUCUUGCACCAACAAUCAUCCAGAGCGCCCUUCCUACUCUUCUCGCUGGUGUUGGAAAACGUGAUGUUGAGCGCAGAGGCUUCCUGGAUUCACUGAGGAACACUCUUAAAGAUAUUGGCAAAGAAGCAGUCCAUGAAAUUGAGAAUCUUGCACCAACAAUCAUCCAGAGCGCCCUUCCUACUCUUCUCGCUGGUGUUGGAAAACGUGAUGUUGAGCGCAGAGGCUUCCUGGAUUCACUGAGGAACACUCUUAAAGAUAUUGGCAAAGAAGCAGUCCAUGAAAUUGAGAAUCUUGCACCAACAAUCAUCCAGAGCGCCCUUCCUACUCUUCUCGCUGGUGUUGGAAAACGUGAUGUUGAGCGCAGAGGCUUCCUGGAUUCACUGAGGAACACUCUUAAAGAUAUUGGCAAAGAAGCAGUCCAUGAAAUUGAGAAUCUUGCACCAACAAUCAUCCAGAGCGCCCUUCCUACUCUUCUCGCUGGUGUUGGAAAACGUGAUGUUGAGCGCAGAGGCUUCCUGGAUUCACUGAGGAACACUCUUAAAGAUAUUGGCAAAGAAGCAGUCCAUGAAAUUGAGAAUCUUGCACCAACAAUCAUCCAGAGCGCCCUUCCUACUCUUCUCGCUGGUGUUGGAAAACGUGAUGUUGAGCGCAGAGGCUUCCUGGAUUCACUGAGGAACACUCUUAAAGAUAUUGGCAAAGAAGCAGUCCAUGAAAUUGAGAAUCUUGCACCAACAAUCAUCCAGAGCGCCCUUCCUACUCUUCUCGCUGGUGUUGGAAAACGUGAUGUUGAGCGCAGAGGCUUCCUGGAUUCACUGAGGAACACUCUUAAAGAUAUUGGCAAAGAAGCAGUCCAUGAAAUUGAGAAUCUUGCACCAACAAUCAUCCAGAGCGCCCUUCCUACUCUUCUCGCUGGUGUUGGAAAACGUGAUGUUGAGCGCAGAGGCUUCCUGGAUUCACUGAGGAACACUCUUAAAGAUAUUGGCAAAGAAGCAGUCCAUGAAAUUGAGAAUCUUGCACCAACAAUCAUCCAGAGCGCCCUUCCUACUCUUCUCGCUGGUGUUGGAAAACGUGAUGUUGAGCGCAGAGGCUUCCUGGAUUCACUGAGGAACACUCUUAAAGAUAUUGGCAAAGAAGCAGUCCAUGAAAUUGAGAAUCUUGCACCAACAAUCAUCCAGAGCGCCCUUCCUACUCUUCUCGCUGGUGUUGGAAAACGUGAUGUUGAGCGCAGAGGCUUCCUGGAUUCACUGAGGAACACUCUUAAAGAUAUUGGCAAAGAAGCAGUCCAUGAAAUUGAGAAUCUUGCACCAACAAUCAUCCAGAGCGCCCUUCCUACUCUUCUCGCUGGUGUUGGAAAACGUGAUGUUGAGCGCAGAGGCUUCCUGGAUUCACUGAGGAACACUCUUAAAGAUAUUGGCAAAGAAGCAGUCCAUGAAAUUGAGAAUCUUGCACCAACAAUCAUCCAGAGCGCCCUUCCUACUCUUCUCGCUGGUGUUGGAAAACGUGAUGUUGAGCGCAGAGGCUUCCUGGAUUCACUGAGGAACACUCUUAAAGAUAUUGGCAAAGAAGCAGUCCAUGAAAUUGAGAAUCUUGCACCAACAAUCAUCCAGAGCGCCCUUCCUACUCUUCUCGCUGGUGUUGGAAAACGUGAUGUUGAGCGCAGAGGCUUCCUGGAUUCACUGAGGAACACUCUUAAAGAUAUUGGCAAAGAAGCAGUCCAUGAAAUUGAGAAUCUUGCACCAACAAUCAUCCAGAGCGCCCUUCCUACUCUUCUCGCUGGUGUUGGAAAACGUGAUGUUGAGCGCAGAAGCUUCCUGGAUUCACUGAGGAACACUCUUAAAGAUAUUGGCAAAGAAGCAGUCCAUGAAAUUGAGAAUCUUGCACCAACAAUCAUCCAGAGCGCCCUUCCUACUCUUCUCGCUGGUGUUGGAAAACGUGAUGUUGUGGAGGCCGGACUUCUGGAACAUGUGAGGGAUGAGAUGCUCUCUGUGGUGGACAAGCUGAAGGAGUCUGUGGAGGGAGCAGAGAAGAUCGCCACGAACCUUGAGGGCAACCUGAAGACAGCUGCCCAGGGUCUGACCAGUGGCCAGGAUGUCAAAGCCCUCGCCCAGAUGGUGCUGUCCACCCUGGAGAAGGAUGUCGAGUCCAUGAUGGAGAAGGGAACGUUUGACGUUGAUCUUGAUAAAAUAAUCGGCGACAUUGUCCCCAAUGCAGUUUCUAAGCUCUUCUCCAAGAAUAGCCGUCGUGGUCUUCUCGGUGAUAUUUUCAACGGAUUGAAGGACACUCUUGGUGACGCUCUUGGUCUUCUGACUGGCACCGCCUUUGGAGACCUUAAAACAUUCCUCGGAAACGUAGAGUCAACUGCUGUACACUCCCUGACCCCAGCAUUGGGCAACCUCAAAGGGCUGGCCCAGACAUUCCUCACCCACGCUGGACAAGCCACCGCACAGGUCGCUGCCGAGGCCGUCAAGUUCUUCCAGCCAUUCCAGACUCAACUGGGAUCCGUCUUCACUCAGAUCAAGAGUGUAGCCGCAAAGCUGACGGGACAUUAAAUGACUAUACAAGAGAUUUAAAAUAAAACAACCUAUCAAAA